AUGUCGUUCAAGAUUUACAACGAAGGGGCCAGUGCCAUCUUUGAUGCUUCUUCAACAGUCGAGGUGAUUCACGAGAAUGACCAGUAUCCCUUCGCCCACGAAGCUGGCGUCUUCAUUCCAGAAGAAAAUGCCCUGUUCAUCACGAGCAACCAAUUCCCAGACCCUACGACCGGCCAGAAGACGAUCCAAAUAAGCAAAGUUCAACUUUCCCCCGAUGGGAAGUUCAUCGGCUGCGAAGAGGUCAACGCGCCUGAUGUUAUCAUGGCCAAUGGUGGUGUGAACUACAACGGCGGCGUGCUAUUCUGCUCGCAAGGAUCCCUGACUACGCCAGGAGGUCUUGUAUUUAUGCAGCCUAUCGCUCCUUACAGAUGCGCAGCGAUUGUUACGUCGUUCUACGGGCGAGACUUCAAUUCUCUGAAUGACGUGGUUGUUCAUUCUGAUGGCUCCAUAUGGUUCACAGAUCCAAUUUAUGGAUACGAGCAGGGUAUAAGGCCAAUCCCCCAACUACGAAACCAAGUCUAUCGAUAUGAUCCCAAAGACGAGUCGAUUCGAGUUGUUGCAGAUGGAUUUGGCAGACCAAACGGUAUCUCAUUCAGUCCUGAUGAGAAGGUCGUCUACAUCACUGAUACGGACUGGAUCCACGGCGAUGGAACUACUGAUGACACCCGAGCGAGGACCAUCUACGCCUUUGACCUAUCAACCAUCUCAGGUGAACCAUUCCUCACAAACAAAAGAGUGUUCGCCAUGGCAGACACCGGAAUCCCCGACGGCAUCAAAUUGGAUACGAACGGCAACGUUUACAGUGGCUGUGGCGAUGGCGUAAAUGUCUGGUCACCAGGUGGCGUCUUACUUGGUAAGAUUCUUAUUUCUGGAGGCGUUGCGAACUUCUGUUUUGGUAGAAAUGGCGAGUUGUUUAUGCUGAACGAGCACAAGAUUUGGAGAGCUCAGCUAGCCAGCGGUGUCAAGGGGGCGCUGCUCGGCAUCUGA